AUGAGGAUUCAUCCUGACAAAGCCGAGGAUGUCAAUCUUUUAAACUCUUCGCCCGGAUGUAUCUGUCUCUGGCUCGCAGUGUCGUCGGACAAGCAGCAGGCACUACUCAGGCCAUUCACGGCCACCAUCAGAUUCCCUGAUCUCGAUCUGCCUGAUUCUGCCAGCUCGUCACCGACCAAGCACGCAUUCCGUCCUACCGCGAGGGACACUGAGGCGUUGACCUUCCUUCGGGAGAUUGUGAAGAUAUCUUGGUACGAACUCGAUGGAAUGGACAUUGAGACCGUCAUGAAAUUGACACGAAUCUCGGCUGGUGAACAAGAGCCAACCCUUCAGGAGGUAAAGGAGUAUCUCAAGGCCUGGGGCGUGCCCCUUUCUGUACAAAGCAGGGUAGCACAGUCUUUUUGCGCUCCGUGA